CCGCUGUGGCAUAUAAAUGGGGAGAAGACUGUACAUGCACUAUCAUUUCACACGUAAAAGAUUCCGGAGAAGGUCGAAGAAGACGUCGUUCGUUUAGAGAGGCGUGUGCUCGCUCGUUCAUUGUAAAAGGCUUUAAAAGACCGCAAAUACCUUCUCAAGGUUGUUCUUUACGUCUAUCAAAACGCAAAUAUGAAGCUUUUGUGGGUGGUUAUGGUUGUAGUCGGCACCGUGUUUGCCGAUGACGACGACAAGAAGGAUAAUGUGGGGACUGUGGUUGGAAUUGACCUGGGGACCACCUACUCAUGUGUUGGAGUCUUCAAGAAUGGCCGUGUUGAGAUCAUUGCCAAUGACCAGGGAAACCGCAUCACUCCAUCCUACGUGGCCUUCACCAGUGAGGGUGAACGUCUGAUUGGUGAUGCUGCUAAGAAUCAGCUGACCUCUAACCCCGAGAACACAGUUUUUGAUGCCAAGAGACUGAUUGGCCGGACUUGGGGCGACUCUUCUGUUCAGCAGGACAUCAAGUACCUGCCCUUCAAGGUUCUUGAAAAGAAGAGCAAACCCCAUAUCCAGGUUGACAUUGGCGGUGGCCAGAUGAAAACUUUUGCCCCUGAGGAGAUCUCUGCCAUGGUCCUCACCAAGAUGAAGGAGACCGCUGAGGCUUACUUGGGCAAGAAGGUCACACAUGCUGUGGUCACCGUUCCUGCCUACUUCAAUGAUGCUCAGCGUCAGGCUACAAAGGAUGCUGGAACCAUUGCUGGUUUGAACGUCAUGAGAAUCAUCAAUGAGCCAACAGCUGCUGCCAUUGCUUAUGGCCUGGACAAGAGGGAUGGCGAGAAGAACAUCCUUGUUUUUGAUCUGGGUGGUGGCACCUUCGACGUCUCCCUCUUGACCAUUGAUAACGGUGUCUUUGAAGUGGUUGCUACCAAUGGUGACACCCAUCUGGGAGGUGAGGAUUUCGACCAGCGUGUCAUGGAGCACUUCAUCAAGCUGUACAAGAAGAAGACUGGCAAAGAUGUGCGCAAAGACAAUCGUGCUGUGCAGAAGCUGCGUCGUGAGGUUGAGAAGGCCAAGAGGGCCCUUUCUGCCCAGCAUCAGGCUCGUAUUGAGAUCGAGUCCUUCUUUGAGGGUGAGGACUUCUCUGAGACCCUGACUCGUGCCAAGUUUGAAGAGCUGAACAUGGACCUGUUCCGUGCCACAAUGAAGCCUGUUCAGAAAGUGUUGGAAGAUUCUGACCUGAAGAAGUCUGAUAUUGAUGAGAUUGUACUGGUUGGCGGCUCUACUCGUAUCCCAAAAAUCCAGCAGCUGGUGAAGGAGUUUUUCAAUGGCAAAGAACCCUCUAGGGGCAUCAAUCCUGAUGAGGCUGUGGCGUAUGGUGCUGCUGUGCAGGCUGGAGUGCUUUCUGGAGAGGAGGACACUGGUGAAGUGGUUCUUCUGGAUGUUUGCCCCCUGACUCUUGGUAUUGAGACUGUUGGAGGAGUAAUGACCAAACUAAUCCCUAGGAAUACUGUGGUACCAACCAAGAAAUCUCAGAUCUUCUCUACAGCCUCAGAUAACCAACCAACUGUUACCAUUAAAGUUUAUGAAGGUGAGCGUCCUCUGACAAAAGACAAUCACCUGCUGGGCACCUUUGACCUGACCGGCAUCCCCCCUGCCCCCCGUGGAGUUCCUCAAAUCGAAGUGACCUUUGAGAUUGACGUGAACGGUAUUCUGCGCGUCACAGCUGAAGACAAGGGAACGGGCAACAAGAACAAAAUCACAAUCACUAAUGACCAGAACCGCCUGACACCUGAGGACAUUGAGCGCAUGGUGAAUGAUGCUGAACGUUUUGCUGAUGAAGACAAGAAGCUGAAGGAGAGGAUCGAUGCCCGCAACGAGUUGGAGAGCUAUGCCUACUCUCUGAAGAACCAGAUCGGUGACAAGGAGAAGCUUGGUGGAAAACUGUCAGAUGAGGACAAGGAAGCCAUUGAAAAGGCAGUAGAGGAGAAGAUCGAAUGGAUGGAGUCUCAUCAAGAUGCUGAUCUGGAAGAAUUCCAGGCUAAGAAGAAGGAGUUGGAGGAGGUGGUUCAGCCCAUCAUCAGCAAGCUGUAUGGCAGUGCAGGUGGACCUCCACCUGAGGGCGCUGAAGGCGAGCAAGAUAAGGACGAGUUGUAGGCAGGCUUGAAGUCUUCAGUCGCCCCUUGCCCCUUCAGAGGGAUCUGUGUACAUAAUGAACAGAUUGAUGGGACUCUAGUGAGCAGAGUGGCAGGGAAGGGGUGAUGAGAACAAGCAAUCAUACUGACUUUUGUGACAGACUUAAAAAUGAUCGGUGUGGCAAGUGUUUGCUUUGCUGAAAGGCAGAGAUUCGUUAGCCCAGAUGUGGCUUGUUGCUGCUGUUCUCAGGCAGUCCUGGUGGGGUUUGGGAGGGAUGGGUGGGGGGGUGGUUAGGCAGAUAUCUGAGGAUACAUCAACUAGGGUGUCUGUGGGACAAAGGUCGUUCACGGGAGAAGAGGAGUUAUUUAUUGAGAAGUCAUUGUGCUUCUGGAAAGACACUGAAAUAAAUGUUUGAUACAAACUGUUA